AUGCCGGAUGGCGAGGCUGCCGCGGAGGAAGGCGGGGCCUUCGUCCCUUUUCGCCUCACCGAAGCAAAGCUGACCCAGCGCAUCCCCGUCGGCAGCGAGCCAUACUUCGGGCGCCUCUCGCAGACAGUGGACACGGCCAUCACCAACACAGUUGCCAUCUUCAAUGGGUCCGAGCCGGCUGGCAGGUGA